AUGUAAGGAUUAUUUUUAGGAGGAAUAUAUGAUAAUUUAGGAUUGAGAUAAGGAAUUUGGAAAGAUUUGGACGAAAAUUUUUGGGAGUAAUAUUUGUAUAUUCACUUUUAUUAGUUAAGCCUAAAUUAUUUAAAGAGGACAAUAUUUCAACUCAAAAAAAAUUGGAAGAUGGAAAAUUAUUAAUAAAAAUUAGAUAAUGUAAUUUUAUUAAAUUUGAAAUUUAAGUGGAGGAGGUUAAUAUGAUGAUUAUAGGUAAAAAAUAGGAAAAUGGAGUGAAUUAUAUAGAAACUUUUUCUCUCAUAGUUCAUCCAUGUGUGAUAUUAUCCAUGAAGGGGAGUAUAAAGAUGGAAAAAAAAUUGGAUAUUGGAUAAUAUUGGCUAUGAAUUAAGAAAUGUAUUCAAUUAAGAUUGAAUUAAUUUAAGUGGAGGAGGCUUAUAUAAUGAUUUAGGAUUGAAGAAUGGAUUAUGGGUUGAAUUUAGCAGUGGUUUACAAAAGUAUGAAUUGAUAUUGAAUCUUUAUUAUUCAGUUCUAGUCAAUUUAUUUAUAAGGGAAAUUAUUUAAAUGGUUUAAAGUAGGGUUAAUGGAAUACUUACUUUAGAGAUCCGUUUUUUUAUAAGAAGUUUGAAUUAAUGUAAAAAUUCAAAAUUUAUCAAUAGAGGAGGUGGACGAUAUGAUAACAAUGGAUUCAAAGAUGGAUUAUGGAUAGAUAUAAACGAAAGUUUCCAUAAGUAUAAAGAUUAAGUCCAUAUCUUUUUUAGACUAAAUCAAUUCACUUAUAAUGGAGAGUAUAAAAAUAAUAAAUAACAUGGUCGCUGGUAUAUAAUGUAUAAAAAACAAAGAGGGCAACAGUUCAAUUAGAUGUAAAAUUUGAUUAUUUCAUCAAUAACUUUUUCUAGAGGUGGCGGAUCCUUUAAUUAAUAUGGGAUGAAAGAUGGCAUAUGGGUUGAGUUUGCAGAUUGGUAUGCGAGGUAUAACUAAUAAAAAUAUUAUAGUGAAAGCUUGGUAAUGUUUAGAGGGGAAUAUCAGAAUUCACAAAAAUUUGGUAGAUGGGAUAUUCGAUUUAAAUAUGGGAAUUUUUAUGAUUAUUAAUUGAUGUAAAAAAAAAAAAAAACCAAUAAUUAGUGGUGGUGGAACUUAUGAUAUUAAUGGAUUGAAAUAAGGUUAAUGGAUUGAUAUGAAUGAACAUUCUUACACUCUUAAUAGUUUGAUAACUUAUAAUGGUGAAUACAAAGAUAAUGUUAAAUAAGGAUUUUGGAAAACAAUGUUUUGGAGUUAUCUUACUAUGGCUAAUUUUGAACAAAGGUAUUAAUUUAAAGCAUAAAUUAUUAAAGUGGAGGUGGAUCAUUUAAUCAAUGUGGAAUGAAGGACGGCAAAUGGAUAGAACUUCAUCCAUAAUUUUCUUUAUACACACAAAUUAUCCAUAUUGGUGAUUAUAGAAAUGGAUAAAAAUGUGGCAAAUGGGACACUUGUAUUUUGGAGACAAAAUCUAAUAAAUUCGAAAAAAUGUAAAGAUUAUCAAUACUGAAUGUAAUAGUGGAGGAGGUUGGUAUGAUUUGGAUGGAGUCAAGUAUGGUAUAUGGGUGGAUUUAAUUGAUAAGGCUACUAUGUAUAUUUUGAAGAUCUUAUUAUUCUAGAUUUAGUUCUAUAACAUUUAGAGGAGGAUAUAUAAAUGGGAAAAAAAGUGGAAAUUGGAUUAUUAUGCAUCGAGAUUAAAAUUUUAAUUACAUAUAAAUGUAUGAAUUAUUAAUUCUUUAAUAAUUUUAGUGGUGGAGGAUCAUUCGAUUAGAAUGGAUUUAAAAACGGUAUUUGGAUUGAAUUAGGAGGUGAUUAUUAUAAGUAUGUAGUAUUGUUUCAUCUAAUUAUUAGAGGAAAAUUAGAGACUUUUAAGGGUGA